GAAAGUGACACCGAUACGGAGUCUACUCUACUGGACCGACCUUUUAAGGGUUGUAUACUUGUCAUAAACGGUGAUGAUGGUGUGGACAGUGAGCCUCAGUAACCUGGUGUUGGCGGUGUAUGGAUUCACUCUGAUCACUGGCCUCCCAGCUAACAUCCUGGCUUUCUACACCUUCUUCCAGAAAGUUCGCCAGCGGUCCACCCCAAUAGAUGUCCUGUUACUCAGUUUAACCAUUUCGGAUCUGAUCUUCCUCUUCUUCCUGCCAUUUCGUAUGGUGGAGGCAGCAAAGAUGCAAUGGACACUGCCGUACUUCCUCUGCCCGCUGUCGGGUUUCAUCUUCUACUCCACAAUCUACAACAGCACUUUCCACCUGACAGCCAUCAGCAUGGAACGCUACCUGGGUGUGGCCUUUCCCAUAAAAUACAAGCUAAAACGCAAUCCCCGAAAUGCAGUGAUAGCCAGUGGUAUAUUCUGGGUGGUAUCCAUGGCGCAUUGCAGUAUCGUCUAUAUCAUGCAAUACCACAACAAUUCCAACCCCAACGUCACCGAUCCAUCCAAACGGAACACUUGCUAUGAAGACUUCAGCGCCGAACAGCUCAAAAUCCUCCUGCCGGUGCGCUUGGAGCUUUUCACAGUGCUGUUCUGCGCACCUUUCCUCAUCUGUUGCUUCUGCUACAUCAAGUUCAUCCACAUCCUCUCCAAUCUGCCCAACAUAAACUCCAAGAAGCGGUUCAGGGCAAUUGGGAUGGCAUUGGGCACGCUUCUGGUCUUCAUUAUCUGUUUCUUACCCUACAAUGUAUCGCAUGUGGUGGGAUAUGUACGCAACUACAGUCCUGAUUGGCGAGUGUAUGCGCUGCUCACCAGCACAUUUAAUGCAAGUCUUGACCCGUUCAUAUUCUACUUCUCAUCCUCAGCACUCAGAGGGAAUUUCAAGAACGUCUUGCGAGAGCUGGUCAGGCGGCUGACCCUUCCCUGCUGUCGCUCUGCUCUCAACUGCCCCCUAUUGAACUGUGUGAAUACAGAGGAGAGAACUCAGAUCUCUACUGACAGCAUCGCCUUUGGCCAUCAACAUACUUAAUGCAAGUAUGCAAAUGCUUGGUUAAUGCAUUGCAAAUGUGUAGUUCAGUUGAACAGACUACUGGUGAACUCUUGCAUUGCGCUGGUGGUAACAAUCCUAUGCAUUCAAAUGACAAUAGAGUGAAUCAAAUCAAAGUGCCAUUAAACCAAAUUCUGAAGUAAUAUAGUGAUGGUACUACAGGGAUUAAAGAAACAUUCUACCAAUUUAAAAUGUCAAAUGGGAGUCAAAGGAAACGUGUGUAUUUUCUGCAGCAUGAUGGCACCAAACAGAACUGCAAAAAUAAUUGUUGUUUUCGAACAGGUUUUCGAAACACUCCGCCAUCUGCAAUUGUUUGCCCUGCAGAUUGCAAUUCCAGUUGCUUGCACUAGUGGUCCAGAAAUUACACACUUCACCUUUGUCACAUCUGCAUGACUAUUGUUUUUACAUAUUUAGUUUAUGUAAGUUUGAGUGGGCAUGAUUGUAAUUUCAUAUAUUUAUAAAGAGAGAUGUAGGUCUCCUGUGCUUUGUGAUUUGACAUCUUUGGCUAAUGGCUGGACCAACCAGGGGGUCAAAGUUUGACUGAUUAGCUUUAUUUUCACAUUGACUGUCAAGUAUAAACAUUGUACUUUACAACUUAUUUAAUAUUUGUACCUUUUUUUUGGCACUUCGAAUGAUUUGGACAUUUAAUGAGGUACAUUUAUUUCCUUUCACCAUUUUAAUGUAUUAAGAUUCAACUUUGCAAUGUUUUUAAAGAUAUUAUAUAUUUUUCAUACACUAGUUUAUAGCAGUAAAUGUACUUUCACAUGUAAAUAUGCACACUCAUUUUCUGCAAGAAUAGAAAAGCUUAGCUGUAGCUGUAGCUUAGCGAUUAGCACACACGCUCCACUCAGCAUUGCUCAUGUAGGAGACAUG